GCAACCAACACCAUAGCCUUUGUAUAUCUUCUUGAAGUCCUCGCAGACACACACACACACACACACAGUUCACACACCGGUCAGAAACGAGGAGCAGCUCCACCUCAGUGACUUGUGGUGUCUUUCUGCUCCACUCUCCCCACUCUCUCUGUACACACUCCCAUGUUUCUAAUUUAUGUUCCUCCACUUCUUUAAUUCCCCAAACCUGACACAACAUUGCUUGUUUUUGCUUGACUCAAAUUGGAAGUGUUUGGGUAUUCGGAGCAGGGUGGAAGACCGGGGACAUCGCUUGUUUGCUGGCCAGACCGGGAAAUGUAAGAUUUACUGGAAAACGCAGUUUAAAAUGCUGGCGUCUCUCCAGGCUUUUGUGCUUCUCCUCCGCUGCGGGAAUUACAAGAUUGUUGAAAUUGCUCAAAUUCGAAACAGAAAGGCGAUAAUCUGUUAUUCUCGCCAGUAUGAUGUCAUCACUGUUACGACAGCUGACUUUGACAUGAGAAAUCCCUGGAGUGCAAUCACCUCAGCUAGUCAGCCUGCAUGUCAAGGUGCUCCUCAUGUAUGAAACAGGUGUGGGGAAGGCAGACACGUUUCAGUACACAACCAUCCCUGCAGGUUUUUAUCUCAGCAAAAGGGAGUGGAUUUUGGCAAGAGAUCCCGAGUUCUUCAUUCCGGGAUUUCACACACACACACACACACACACACACACACACACACACACACACACCACACGCAAACCACUCCCUCUCUCGUCCUCUGGGGUCAGUAGAUGCCGUUGAUAGACUGGAAGUAAUACAUAAACACUUUAAAUUCACUUUAGAUGUUUAUUUUGACUACUGCUCUCCCUGUCACACACACACACACAAACCGAACGCUUUGAACACGUGUCGUUUCCUGUCUGAACUGUGUGUGUGUGUCUGUGUGUGUGCACGUACGAAUCUGUAAAUGUGUCAGUACACUAUCUCAGUUUGAGUGUGUUUAUGUGCAAGGGAGGCUGAGAGAGAUAGGAAUCAACAAGGGCAACAUGAGCGAGAGCGAUGGGCCGCGAUGGAGAAAACUUCAGAGAGUGAAAUGAAAAAGAGAGCGUGACUCAGGAGGCAGAGCGACAGAAAGCCAGUUCCCUGUCAGUCUCUAUUUUUGGACGUGGCAAAACAGCGAACCCAUUGAGGACAGAAAGAAAAGGAGACGGGUUUGUCGUUGUUUUGGACCUGCUCGCCGUUGGCGUCCACGGUCAGCCUGUUGAGGGACAGCGCUGCCAUUCGGAGCAUCAGCAGGAGGCUCAGCAGCAGAACCAUGUCAUCUCCAGAGACAUCAUGGCCUGUGCCGAUGCCGGCCAUUGGGGCUCAGAACCUCCUCACCAUGCCCGGGGGAGUGUCCGCUUCGGGAUACCUCCACAAGAAGGGAGGCAGCCAGUUCAGCCUCUUGAAAUGGCCUCUGAGGUACAUCAUCAUCCACAAGGGCUGCAUAUACUACUUUAAGAGCAGUACCUCGCCUGCACCCCAGGGGGCGUUCUCGCUCAACGGCUACAACAGAGUAAUUAGAGCAGCAGAGGAGACGACGUCCAGCAAUGUGUUUCCCUUCAAGAUUGUCCACUUUAGUAAAAAACACAGGACGUGGCUUUUCUCUGCAGCCAGCGAGGACGAGAGGAGGAAAUGGAUGCGAUACCUGCGGAGAGAGAUCGAUCACUAUAACGAGAGAAAAGAGGCCCACUUUCCCAGUGACUGCGAUUCAGAUGCAGAAAAGUUCUACGGAACGAUUGAGACGCUCAUGGAUAUAAAACACCACGUUGAUAAUGCAGAAGAUGAAUAUGGAGACGAUGACGAUGAUGACGAUGAAGAUGACUAUCUGGAGCCGGACAGCGACUGUACAUCCAAAUGCACAGGUCGACCCACGGCCCCGCCCCCCUCCUACCCCCCACCCCCGGUGCCGGUAUCAUUUCAUCAACGUCAAGACUCCAGUCCGGCUUUCCACAAAGGCCCUCCUCCCCCCGUCCCGCCACUACACAGAAUCCCAACCAGUCCGCUCCCCAAAAAGCCCCCGCCCUCUUUCCUCCCUCCAUCCAUAACGAAGGACCCUUACAAAGGAACCCCCCCUCCCCCUCCCUUGACAUCCCUCCCGCACAGGUCGGUGUCUUCCACCCCCCCGCCUCCUCCUCCCCCCAACGCCAAAAUAUCCCCCCCGUGCAGGGUGACAUCCAUCGGGGGACCUGGGGGUAACAAGAGAGACUGGCGGCCUCUGCCGGCCGUGUCGGUCCAAACCCCCGCCACUCUGCCUAUCUGUGAGAAAUUAGGGCCCAGGAUGGUCGUGAACGGUCCCGCCCACUGCCCCCUUAAUUCUGGUGGGAGCCAAUCAAUGGGCAACAACCUCCACGGGGUCGUGGCCAAUCACCGCAGCAAGCCGAGCCCACCUCCCCCGUGUGGCACUGGAGGGUCCUCCCCCAGACCCGCGACACCCUCCAGUCACCCACCACUGCACGGCCCCCCUGCACUCUCUCCUCUACUUAAACCUGGACUUCUCAAUAAGCCUGGGAUACCCAAACCUCCUCCUCCAAUAUUCAAACCCCCCCUGCUCGCAGACACGCCCAAGCCGCCGGGAACCCCACUACAAAGAGCAUCUCCCGAUGGCCAGAGCUUCCGUUCAUUGGGAGACGAGACGCCCAGUGAGUCGAGGUGGAAACCAGACUCGAACAAGCGCAGCGGAGGGGAGGAGUCUGACGACGACUACGAGGACGUGCUGCUGCCAGACUCUGUGUUCAUUGAUACCACUGAAUCCUGCUUUAUAGAAAACAUGUUCAGAGAGAGCCGCCUCCCUCCACAGGACGGACUCUACUGCAUCCGAAACUCUGUAACCAAAACAUCAAAGGUGCUGGUGGUGUGGGACGCCAGUAUCUGCAAAGCCAGGAACUACCGACUGUUUGAAGAGGAGGACCGUAUAUUUCUGGACAACGAAGUGCCCUUCACCUCUCUCUCAGCCGUGAUCGAACACUACCACAAGCAUCCCCUCCCUCACCACGGCUCGCUGCGGCUCCAGAAGCCCUACGUGAAGACGCCAGGCCGCUGAUCAGCGCUGUCGAACCGAAGAGGAGCGGAGAGCCUUUCAGGACAGUUCAAGACUGUUCAGAAGAGAAGGACUGCGGUUGCACACCAGCACAUGGCACCAAGCGCCAUGUCCAGCAGCAACCGUGGUAACCUGUGGGUCGGUGACGUUGUGUCCGCACUGAAGUGGCCAAGUCAAGACCCUGCUUGUGUGACAUGUAUCAACCGGCCCAAAGCGCGUUGAUGUGACACAGCGAGACCAUCCCCGGCACACAUGACAAAAAUACGGUUUUAUUUAUUUUAAAUAAAGUAAAAUCGGGUGGAAUUAACAGUGUUACUGUUGAAGAGACCCUUGAACUGUGACUGUUGAACUCUAUCCAGUCAAGCUUUCAUUUUCAAAAAGACAUUGUGCUUCUGGGGUUUGUCACGUGUUUGAUCAAAGUGCAUCUCGGAGUGGAUGGCUGAUGUUGUAGUGAGCUGUUGAAAUAUGAAGCCACUGGGUUCUUUUGGUCAUUGGCAGGUGUGUUAAUGAGUCAUGCUCUGAAACACGGCUGUUCAGACAGCGUGUCCUUUUCAUACGAAAGCCGACCACCGAGACAUUCGCUCAUUGCGUGUGUUACAAAUAACGAUAGCACUGGUAUUGAAGGAUUUUAUUGCAAACCGAAGGAGUAAAUUAAUCCCAUUUCAAAUUCAAUUAAAGUUAUAUUACAUAUUACAGAGGAUGUUUCCAUUGUCCGAACGAUUCCUUCAGACAAAAAUAAUGUUCAAACUAAAUCUGACAUUGUGUAGAAAACUUUUUCAAUUUUAAUCACCGGCAGAUCUAAAACUGACAAGUGGGUGCUUGCGCCACCAACUGGGUGGGACUGUUAUGAGGGGACAGUAAUGUAUUUAAGUAUGACACAAAGCUAAAAUAAGCCUGUUAUCCAGACUUCAAAUGUUACUGUUUAAUUAUUAGGCAACACAUAUUUAUUUAGUGUGCGGAUCUCACGACCAACUCCAGGAACUGUUUGACUUACUUUUGUAGUACUUUUGUUGUGAAGUCCUUGGAGAGUAGAACACUUUUCACCUACUAACAAGAAAUGAAACCAGACUGUAAGUGGUGCAAAUUGAAGGAUUUAUCGUGAAGAAAUUCAUUCUCAACUGCUAAAACUUUGACAUUCUGAAAAUGCAAUUAGUAAAGCACUGACUUUAAUGCUGUAUAUUGCUAUGUAUUCAUGUAUAAAUGCUGUAAGUACUGUAUAAAACAUGUAAAAAGGUAAAUAUAUGGUUUUCUACAGAAAUAUAUGUAUGAAAGAUUA